GGCGGCGCGAAGUCGAGCGGCGGCGGAAUCGGCCGAAGUGGCGCGAGGCAACAGGCGGCUCGUUUAAAACGGUGGGGGAAGUACGCUGCGCGCGUCAGUGAGUCGCCGGAGGCCGCAGAGUUUGGUAUGUCUCAGUACGAUAUAUCGCAUCGCGCGGUGUCUCUACGCUCUGUUUCCCUUCAUUGUCGCACGACAGGAUGAAGAGCAGUUUUGCCGUCACGUGUUCGUUAAUACACGUCGUGUCUGUACGACUGACUUCGUGUAAAUAUUAACCGUACCGGGGAACCUCGUCUCUCGGAAGAAGAUACAGCGGGAGUCGGAGCCGUGAAACCGAGAGCAAGAACGAGAGAGAGAGACGGACAGUUGAGACUGACAAGAAGCGAGAGUGAGAGCGAGAGAGAGCAGCAACACUCGCUCGCUGACGUGCUCCGCCAAGUGUUUGGCGUUCCCAGGUAAAUGCGCCUUGCAAAGCGCCGUGUUUGAUGGCAAACAGCCGAUAUUAUCCUCCCGCCGCCCGGUGGUGAGUGUCGUGGGAGAAAGUGAACUCUGCCCGUGUACGCUUGUCCGAGUAUUAUUUACCAGCUGCAAUAUGGCGUCCCGUGUUUUCGCGGAAUUUGAAUCGCGAUCGUCGCGCGCGGAGUUUGAAUCGCGAGAGUAAAGUAUACGCGCGCCGCCAAUAACUUGACACCGUAGUACGAGCAUCUCGCACUCCGAUUGGCAGCGUGCACGCUGCACGUCCGAUUCGACGACAGGUGAAUGCUCGAUUUCCACAAGUCUCACGCAGCGAAAUAACCUAUACUUUCUUAUCGGAGUUCACGUCCAUUCUCGCGCCUUGUCGUGCCGGGCGAGAUUCGCCGCAUGACGCGGCGGCCUGUCGUGAGUUUUCCGCCACCACCAUUAUCAUCAUCAUCAUCAUCAUCAUCAUUACGACGACGACGGCGACGGCGAGUGGCGUUGUCGCGGAUGUCGAAAGGCGCAAAUCGCGAAAUACGAUGGCAUGUUGGUGCGAUGAGUCAUCGUGAGAACUGUGUGAACGGUGAAUCCGACGUAAUCUUGGCGGUAAAUCUUGCAGAGCGCGACGCGCAACGUGUGGGACUGCCAACGUGUUAACCGUUAGUCUUUUGACACGACCGAAGUGUCUCGAAUUGGCGAAAAUCGUCGACCGUCUUUCCUACACUCUUGCUCUUUCUCACUCGCUCACCCGGACGAAAACUUGGCGUCCCGUUGUGAGAUUCGAGAGCGUGAAGCGCGCGGCGACCGGUCGACGCUCGGGGACAGUGUUUGUUUGGUUUGUAAUGAAGGACGGUCGUUGUUGUCAUCGUCGAUCGAGGCAGCCGAACCGCACGAGAUACAGCAGUGCCGCCGGACUGUGAUUAAUUAGGCGUAUCGUGCGGCACGCGAAUAACGGACGGGAAAAUGAAAAUGUCGGUCGCGUUGCGGAUCGUCGUCGCGCUCCCGAUACUGUCGGCGAUUGGUCACGGCAACGAGCUGAAGGAUUAUUGCACCAAGUACAAGUUCGGCAAUCUACCGGGUGGCUUGGCGUUCACGAAGGAGGUCGUUACCACGGAGUACGCCAACGUGGGUGCGUUCAAGGCCCUUCACUGCUGCCUCAGGGGAUACAGGAGCAUCGAAUGGUACAAGGAUAAUAGAGCCUACCCUUGGCCGGGGAGCACGAGCCACUUUAUCCUGUACCCGGAGAGCGCGAAUCAAACGAUCUACACACAGGAGAUGAGAACCUCGGACGCAGGACGAUACUCCUGUCUGGCGCGUAACGACACAACCACUUUGGAGGGAGACAUCACUCUCACCGUACUCAAUGAAGAAUCCGGCAUCUACACGGGCAAGCCGUUGCCCACGUACAGACCGGCCUCCCAAUUGGUGCCUCUCAGGGGAACCGCGAGACUCUUCUGCGAGGCUUACAUGGGCAAGGUGAACCUGCCCGACGCCAGGAACUCCGUCACCUGGUGGAAAAGCGGCAACAACGUGACCCUGCCCGCCGACGACAGAGUAGCGCAGCACCAAGUGUCCCGAGAGGACAAUCAGAUAAUCGGUUCCUACUUGGAGAUCCAGAACGUACUUUUCGCCGAUUACGGAGAGUACAAGUGCAUAAUCAGCAACAGCAUCGACGAGGAUAUCAUAUUGACGGCUCACGUGUAUGAACAAGAGCCGCAAUUCGUAUUGCACCUCCCGAACGGUUCGGAACGGAAGACGCUGCUGCUGGCGGUGCUGGUUGUCGUGCUGCUGGUAUCGGUCGUCGCGUUUUAUACACGCUGCUGGCUGCCGCUCGCGCUACUUUACAGAGACAAGUUCGGUCGUCUCGAGGAAAACGACGGGAAGGACUGCGACGCGCUGGUGUGCUACCACGAGAAGGACUCGAGCCUGGUGAUCGGCAAGCUGAUAUACAAGCUGGAGUCCAAGCAUCGGUACAAGUGCACGCCGCUGGAGCUGACCAACCUGCAUCACAAUUGGAGCCUGGAGAUCUGCUCGCACGCGAAUGCCGCCCGGCGCGUCAUCAUGGUGCUGAGCCCCGCGUCCUUGGACAACGUCUGGACGGACGCGAGCGUCGCGGGGGUGCUGAAGCAGCUGUCGGUGCUGCCGGCGCGCACGAUCGUGGUUGCGCUGCAGAGCAUGCCGGGCACCACGGCGACGAUCGCGAAACGAUCGCGACGAGAGCGCGGCGACGGCAUCCUGGACGGCAGAGUCUUCUUCGAUCACCUGACGGUCCUGCGCUGGAAGGACGGCGCCGACGGCGGCGACGGCGGCCGCGAGUUCUGGUACAAACUGCGGCUGGCGAUGCCGGCGAUACGGCCGGUCGCGUCCGAGACCGGCUGCCAAUCGGUGGCGAUGAUAGUGCAGGCCAAUGGUAAAUGCGGUCAGCAAAAGGCACGCUCGCGCGAGAGCCUCGAGGUCCUCGUUUAGGGCCGCGCGUUCUCGCCGCCACGCCAUCGCCAUCACGCCAUUGCCGUCGCCGUCGCGCCACCACUGAUCACUGCCGGAACCUGCGGACGAAGGGGAAACUUCCCUCCUUGCACCUGUUCGCCGGAAGCCGCGAGAAGGAGACCGACGAUCCCCGCGGCUUCUCUGCGUGAGAACUUUUACGCGUCCUGACCUUGAGAGCUCCCUCUUCCUUCCUUGCCCAUCCCCCGAGGGCAACGCUUCAACUUGAGUGUCCUGCGGCCGGAUGAUCCCCCUCCGUCCCUAACGACGAUUCUUCUUCGCCUUUCCUUCGCUUUUCUUUCCCGGGACAAACGCGAAACCGACGAUUCGAACGAUCUCUUGACGAUCACGGCGACGACGACAAGGCUCCGCUGGGUGGCGCGCGAGGAGAGGGUCCUAUGAGUACAGGCGAAUCCUCGUGUCCUUGAUACUUCGACUUCCGCACGGAUCGCGGCUUGGCCUGGAUCCGAAUGAUUGAAAUUUGAGACGCGAGAGCUUCUUAAAGCGCUAAUCCCAAAAAAGCCGUUUCGCUCUCCGUAUAUAUAUCUUCAUCAACAUUGAUCCCCCUCCCUCGUUCUCAGUUUUCAACCCGCCCCCCCCCCCUCAUUUCCUUCACAUUAUCGCCCUGUCGUUUUCCGCCCCCGGCUUCGACAUCGAGCUUGUAUCUGGAACUUUUAUCUCUCCAUCUCGGACUUGUAAGUCUGAUCUUCGGUCCGACGACCCGAUGAUCUUGCGGAAGAACGAGCUGCGUCCUUGAUGUCGAUUUCCAGCAGGCGUGCACGCCUUCGAACGAAUCGCGCAAGCGAAGAACGCGCACGAGAAUGACGCUGUGCUGAAAGGCCUACGUUGAAAUCGAGGUGCACAAACGAUCUUUCCUUCGAUUCUCGCGGUUCGAAUUAUCGCGUGAGACAUAUGUACAGACGAGGAAGAGAGAGAGAGAGAGAGAGAGAGAGAGGGAGAGGUACUCCGCGACAAAGAGCGUUCUCAUGUCGCGACUGAUUUCCUCGCGAAUCGCGUCGUCGUGGACGGAGAGCAAAUUCGAUCGCGAAGUCGACUCCAGAGAGAAAGCUAAUGAGGAAUCAGGGCGACAAGGCGACGGGCGAGGGGAAGGACGGCUGUUUGUUUAAUAACAACUCUCGCUCGGUCGUUUCGAACGUUGCGCUUCGCGAUGACGGUGUUUUUAUCGGCCGUGUGGAGACUUGCAAAUAUUACACUGCAAAUAAUACACAGCAGGGAUUUGCGAGCAGAUAUUUUGUGAAUUUUUUGGGGUGAAAUCUCGUCCGAGACGAGUGAGAAGCGGCGGUGCUUUCGCUCCGAAGCGAUAGCGAAAAUACUGCCUCUCGCGAAAUCACAAGAGUGACUGUUUCACUGAAACCGAGAGGGGAUUCUGACUCCAUAUGAGCGGAUAUUUCGAUCGAUCCGAGCGAACGCAUUAUACUCAUUCUUCAACUUCGAGUGAAAGUACUUACUUAUUGAGAAUGAAGGAUUCGCUCCAUAUAAGUAAAGAAUCGCUCGAAUUCGAGUGAAGUGCCGCGUGACCACUCUCCUUUUUCAGCGAAAUUUCGCUCCGAGAAACUUGGGCAGCAGAUAUUAAGCGCACGGUGAGGGAAAGAGAGAGAGAGAGAGAGAGAGAGAGAGAGAGAGAGAGAGAGAGAGAGAGGGAGAGAGAGAGAGAGAGAGAGAGAGAGAGAGAGAGAUAUUCUCUCUUGGUCAGGAGACAAGCGACGGUUGGAAGGAGGGAGGGGGGAUGUUUAAUUCUCGGAUCCUCGGAGAUGUAUGCGCCGAUCCUGCGAGUAAAAAGACUGAGGGCGGUGAGGCGGUGUGAUUGCGCGCAACAAGCAGUUGAAUGUACAAUUCUUCGCGCGAUUUUCAAAGCAGGACAGAACAAAGACGAGGAAGAGAAAAGAAAGAGAGAGAAGAAACGGACAGGGCAGAGAGAAGAAAGAGAGAGAGAAGCGUGAAAGAGGAGAAUUCGAAUAUGCUUUCCGCGAUCGACGAUCGGUUCGCUCAUCCGAGCAUUCCAACCGUUCCGAGAGAGGACGAGAAGUCGAAAGACGGAAAAAUGCGCAGUCUUCCUUUCCGCGAACGUGACGAGUGUUUGAUUAGCGACGUGUCGUUAUCACAUCGGCACUGCGCUGUCGCCGUGUCGUGUCCUCUUUUCAACUUGCCACUCUACUUUGUACAUAUCGCAAAUCUGUAUAUUUAUUUAACUAGACGCGUUAUUUAUGCAAUUCCUUUCGUUGCGUAAGUUGCAGAAUUCCCGCAAAAAAAAUCCUUUAAUCGUGGCGCGAAGGUGACUCUCUCGCGCGAUUUCGCGCUUCGGCUCUCGGCUCCGCAAGAGCGCCGCCGGAAACCCGCCGAGGAGACCUCGCGCCAUUUUUUUUCCUCCGUUUAUUUUUCUUUUCUUAAGUGCGUCGAGGGACGUUUGUAUUCAUAUAUAUUUUAUAUUUAUAUAUAGACACGCGAAUAUAUAUUCGACGCUGAUUUGCAGCGUGUAGCUUCGGAUGUACGGAGCGCGAAGAAGGGGGGAAAGUAGAGACAGAAAGAGAGAGAAAGAUAGGGAUAGGAGGAAGAAGUCGCUGCACCGUCGCGUUUUACUUAAUGGAUCAUGUAAACGCUGGUUAAAGGGUUAUCCGAUUGCACACGCCCAAUACACACACACACACACACACACACACACACACACACACACACACACACACACACACA